UUCACCUAAACUAUGAAUGCUAAACAAUCGAUCACCCGUCCUUUAGCCAAAAAGUGGGCUACAAUUGAUUCAUAACGGAUGGAACGGGCAUGCAUACGUGUAUAUUUGUGCUGGUCUGUUUCAGGCUUUCAGCUAUUCGAUGAGCUUGUCAAUGGCAGUGCGACAUGUCUAGCAUUACCAUAUUUGCAAGGCUCAGCGGCUUACAUGCAGCGAUGUCCGGCCACUCCGUUCGCGCUGCUCCCCACGGCACCCGGUCUUCCUCCUCGGUUUACUAUUCCUGACCUCCUUCCACGCAUGGCUCCCCGCCCUUUCCUUCGCACCACCGCCAUUGUCCACACACCCGCUGCUCGCCUCUCGCCUUUAACCCAUCGGCGAGGUCACUAGCCUCCAUUUGCUUCCUGCUCUUUCACUCGUGUUCGGUGCGUCGGCUUCUUCUUCCUCGUCUUUGCAUCUCUGUCUCCAUGUCGUCUCUGUUGCGAUCAAGUUUCGGCCCACGUCGUUCACGAAUGCCUGGCUGUGCUGCGUGCAGGUGAUCGGAGCUCGACCGGAGCCAUGGCGAAGAUCCUGCUCCAUGGCUCGCUUCAUGUCACCAUCUUCGAGGCGGAGGAGAUCUCCAACUCCAGCCGGCCCAGCAGCCAGGCGCCCGGCUUCCUCCGCAAGCUGGUGGAGGGGAUCGAGGACACGGUGGGCGUGGGCAAGGGCGCCAACAAGAUCUACGCGACCAUCGGGCUGGGCAAGGCCCGCGUGGGGCGCACCCGCACGCUCACCGACGAGACGGCCAGCCCGCGCUGGUACGAGUCCUUCCACGUCUACUGCGCGCACCUCGCCUCCGACGUCGUCUUCACCAUCCGGGCCAAGAACACCAUCGGCGCCUCCACCCUCGGCGUCGGCUACCUCCCCGUCCGCGACAUCUUCGACGGCCACGAGGUCGACCGCUGGCUGCCGCUCUGCGACGGCGGCGGCGACAACGACAAGGACCGCACGCCGCUCGAGAGCGGCGCCAGGGUCCACGUCAAGAUCCAGUACUUCGACAUCUCCAAGGACCGCAGCUGGGGCCGCGGCGUCCGCAGCGGCAAGUACCCCGGCGUGCCCUACACCUUCUUCUCCCAGCGGCAGGGGUGCAGGGUGACGCUGUACCAGGACGCGCACGUCCCCGACGGCUUCGUGCCCCGGAUCCCGCUCGACGGCGGCGGGUGCUACGAGCCCCACCGGUGCUGGGAGGACAUCUUCGACGCCAUCAGCGGCGAGCACCUCAUCUACAUCACGGGGUGGUCGGUGUACACGGAGAUCACGCUGGUGAGGGACGGCGGCCGGCCCAAGCCCGGCGGCGGCGUCACGCUCGGUGAGCUGCUCAAGAAGAAGGCCGGCGAGGGCGUCCGGGUGCUGAUGCUGGUCUGGGACGACCGCACCUCGGUGGGCGUGCUCAAGAAGGACGGCCUCAUGGCGACGCACGACGAGGAGACGAUGAACUACUUCCAGGGCACGGACGUGCACUGCGUGCUGUGCCCCCGGAACCCCGACGACUCCGGGAGCAUCGUGCAGGACCUGCAGAUCUCCACCAUGUUCACGCACCACCAGAAGAUCGUCGUCGUCGACCACGACAUGCCGGCGCCGGCGGCGAGGGGGCAGAAGCGGCGCAUCGUCAGCUUCGUGGGCGGGCUGGACCUCUGCGACGGGCGCUACGACACGCCGUGCCACCCGCUGUUCGGGACGCUGGGCGCGGCGCACCACGAUGACUUCCACCAGCCCAACUUCGCGACCGCCGCCAUCGCCAAGGGCGGGCCGAGGGAGCCCUGGCACGACAUCCACUGCCGCCUCGAGGGCCCCGUGGCCUGGGACGUGCUCUACAACUUCGAGCAGCGGUGGCGCAAGCAGGGCGGCAAGGACCUCCUCCUCCAGCUCCGGGACCUCGCCGACGAGAUCAUCCCGCCGUCCCCCGUUACGUUCCCGGACGACCCGUCGGCGUGGAGCGUCCAGCUGUUCCGGUCCAUCGACGGCGGCGCCGCGUUCGGGUUCCCGGACACCCCUGACGACGCCACCAGGGCCGGGCUCGUCAGCGGCAAGGACCAGAUCAUUGACCGGAGCAUCCAGGACGCGUACAUCCACGCCAUCCGCCGCGCCAGGAGCUUCAUCUACAUCGAGAACCAGUACUUUUUGGGGAGCUCCUACUGCUGGAAGGCCGACGGCAUCAAGCCCGAGGACAUCGGCGCGCUGCACCUCAUCCCCAAGGAGCUGUCCAUGAAGGUGGUGAGCAAGAUCGAGGCCGGCGAGCGGUUCACCGUGUACGUCGUCGUGCCCAUGUGGCCGGAGGGCAUCCCGGAGAGCGGCUCCGUGCAGGCCAUCCUAGACUGGCAGAGGAGGACCAUGGAGAUGAUGUACACCGACAUCGCCCAGGCCAUUCAGGCCAAGGGCAUCGACGCCAACCCCAAGGACUACCUGACCUUCUUCUGCCUCGGAAACCGGGAGGCCAAGAAGCCCGGCGAAUACGCGCCCACGGAGGAGGCCGAGCCCGACACCAACUACAUCAGGGCCCAGCAGAACAGGAGGUUCAUGAUCUACGUCCACACCAAGAUGAUGAUCGUGGACGACGAGUACAUCAUCGUGGGGUCGGCCAACAUCAACCAGAGGUCCAUGGAUGGGGCGCGGGACUCGGAGAUCGCCAUGGGCGCGUACCAGCCGCGCCACCUGGCUGCAGCGGGGCGGCCUGCGAGGGGGCAGGUGCACGGGUUCCGGAUGUCGCUGUGGUACGAGCACCUCGGCGCCGUGGACGAAGCCUUCACCCGCCCGGAGAGCCUCGAGUGCGUGCGCAAGGUAAACGCCAUGGCGGACAUGUACUGGGACCUGUACGCCGGCGACGGGCCCGAGCGCGACCUGCCGGGGCACCUGCUCACCUACCCCGUCGGGGUCGCCGCCGACGGCGCCGUGACGCAGCUGCCGGGGAUGGAGUUCUUCCCGGACACCCAGGCGCGGGUGCUCGGCGCCAAGUCCGACUACCUCCCGCCCAUCCUCACCACAUAGGCUGUUUUUCUGCUCUGAACUACUGCACUGCUCAUCUUCUUCUUUGUUUGGCUUUGCUUUGGAGAUUUUGCUGAUUGUUAUUUUUGGAAUAAGGACACGGUACUAGUUUCUUGAUUUGUUUUAGAAAAUAAAUAAUGGACUGAUGGUGAUUUUAGGUGUGUUAUUAGUAUUAUACGACUAUAUGAAAAUUGAUUUGUAAACAUCAUUGUCUGAUCGAUAAUGUUCUUGUACUCU